CAGUUGUAUAGUCUGUGCAAUGUAUAUAAAGAGAACUCACUGCUCUUAGCUGUUCUUUAAUGGUGACAGCUCACUGCCCCAUGUUCAAGGAAAUUUAAGUCAAGCAAGAUGCAGAUAUUCUUCUACGAAGACAAGAACUUCCAAGGCCAAUAUUAUGAGUGUACUAGUGACUGUUCUAAUUUCGGCUCUUAUUUGAGUCGAUGCAACUCUAUUCGAGUUGUACAAGGAAGUUGGAUGAUUUAUGAGCAGGCCAAUUACAGGGGCUACCAGUACUAUAUAAAGCGUGGAGAGUAUCCAAAUUGCUCACAUUGGAUGGGUUUCAGUGAUUCUAUUAAAUCCUGCUUUGCAAUUCCACAAUACAAAGGAUCUUACAGGCUGAGGCUCUAUGACAGAAAUAAUUUUGGAGGUAAAAUGUUGGAGGCCACGGAUGACUGCUCUUCCGUGUCUGAUCGUUUUAAUCAUCAUGACAUCCAGUCCUGCAAUGUCUUUGAUGGCUAUUGGAUUUUCUAUGAGCUUUCCAACUACAAGGGGCACCAGUACUACCUAAGACCAGGAGAGUACAGAAGAUUUACUGACUGGGGUGCUCAGAAUGCCAGGGUUGGCUCCUUCAAGCAAAUUACAGAUUUUCUUUAAAUUAUCAAAAUAAAAAGGUAUUAAAACA